CUAAGGGGGACAUCAACAAUUUGAGAAGCAUCCAAAGUACAACACCACCGAGCAACUGAAACUCAACGAAAAAUGAAGUCUGUCAUUUUCAGCGUCUUCCUUCUUUUUUUAUUCAUGCUACCAAUCAUUCUAGCUGAAAAGGACAUUUGCUAUACUUGUGAUGCCGUCAAUUCUGAGACUUGUGAACACAAAGAAGAAGAAUGCCCAGAAGGCAGUGAGUGCAUGAUCAUCUCUGAAGAAUUUAUAAGCCUUGGCCAAACAUGCCGCUCCAUUUCUAAGCGAUGCGCACUGAACUUGCCUUGCAAUAGAACUUUUUGGGGAAAUGUAGGUCUGGAUGUUUUUGUAAAAGUUUCUCAGCAAUGUUGUAAAGGACCACGGUGUAACCCUGGCUUCUUUCAAGUACCAGACAUUCCUACUCAAGCCAAAGGCAUUUUAUGUCCAUCUUGCUAUGCGUUUAAUACCACGGAGGACUGUACUGCAACAGGUUCGACCAUUUGUUUAGGAAAAGACGAUCAGUGUAUACGGUUCAGAGGAGCUAUGAAGCUACCUUGUGGGGGCGAAGUUGACUUCUCGGCACAAGGUUGCAGUUCUAAGAGUUUUUGCGAUUAUGGCUACAGUGAGCUGAUUGGUCUGCAAAUAACUAAAAAACAUGAAAGCAAGUGCUAUGUACCUGAAGCUUCUCCUCCAUCUAUAAAUCUUCCAAAAUAAUGAAUUGUCACGGAUCAAGAAAUCCAAAUCAAAUUUGCAUAAAAAGUAGUAUAAGCAUAAAAAAAUAAAUGUGCUUCUGAAAUCGAUCACAUAUUGGUUACGUAGCACUGGGGUGAUGCAAGAACUUCCCAUCAAAUUUGCUAUACUAGAUACCAAAAUGUUUAACCACUUCAGCCCCGGGAAGAUUUGGCUGCUUAAUGACCGGGCCAUUUUUUGCGAUA